AUGAAUGCAAUUAUAUUUGGACAAAAUAAAGUUCACAAACGAAAAAGCGCUUCUGAUAAUGCCAGUGAUUUACGCGUUAUUGGAGCUGGACUGCCACGGACAGGCACUUCUUCACUCAAAGCUGCUCUUGAAAUUCUUGGUUUUGGUCCUUGUCAUCAUAUGACUGAAUUAUUUGAUAAACCUGAACAAAGUAUCUUAUUUGCACGAGCAUUAGAUGGUUAUGAAAUAGAUUUUCGUGAAUUACUCAAGGGAUAUGGAUCAUCGGUUGAUGCUCCAACCGCCUUGUUUUACAAAGAAAUUCAUCAAGCUUAUCCUAAAGCAAAAGUUAUUCUUACUGUACGCGAUAAUAGUGAAAAAUGGCUCGAAAGUUUCAAAAAUUCGAUUGGGCCUGUAGGCUUAGAUAUUUUUUUCUAUAUUGCCACUUAUCUUAUACGACGUUUUCGUCUACAAUGUAUUGUUGUCAGAAAAAUCAUGCAAAAGUGGAUGACUGAAUAUGGCCAAAUAGGACCUCACAUUCAUGAAUUAUACAAUGCUCGAGUUAUACAAGAAAAUAAACAAGAUGAACUACUUGUAUUCAAUGUGAAACAAGGAUGGCCGCCAUUGUGUCGAUUUCUGAACGUGCCAAUUCCAGAGGACAUUCCAUUUCCGAAUGUAAACGAUACAAAAUAUGUUCAAGAAAGAAUUCUUGUGGCAAGAAGAGUAGGAUGGUGUACUUGGGCAUGUCUUAUUGCAGUGAUAGCUGUUUUUAUUUAUUUCUUUAUUUCAUUCAUGAAACUUUAG